GGCCCGACAUGGUGGUAAUAAUGUUACUUGUUUCAUAUACUAUCAAAAGUGUUAUAUUCAUGUGCUACUUGGCUGACUAUUCACGUUGAAGACAUUUGGGAAAGCUCCAUGAAGUUAUUGGGUAUGGUUGGAGGAGAGUACGAGAAACUCUAUUCCCCGAUAUCGAUGAAGAUGUCCGAUCCCGUUUACUAUAUCUCAUUUGAUGACACGCAGGGAAACCUUCUACAGGGCAUCAACAUUAAUGCAACACUAUAUAAUAAUCCUCAAGCUAUAGACUCCAAAGUGGGGCAUGGUUUAUCACUCGAUGGCAACAACCAAUGGGUUGAUCUGGGGACGCAUGAAAAUGAAUGCUUCGGGGACCUCAAUUUGUGUCCCAUGGGUUACACACUCGCCAUGUGGAUAAAAUUUGGCGCCAAAAAUACCGAAGAAAUGUAUUAUUUCUCAAGCGGUGGCCAAAGUGGGAAUUCAUACGGAACAACAGUAUUUAUUCAGUAUGGGGUAUUGUGGGCAUGGGUGAGUACAUCCACUAGGACGUGGGAGACGCGGUUUAUGAAUCCACCGCGGCAUGAAUGGACACACGUGCUACUGACAUGGAGGAAAGACGAGGGGCUCCAGUUAUUUAUAAAUGGGGAAGAGGUGAUGGAGGAUCAUACAGGAACUGGCCGCCCAGGUCCCCCGAAACCUAAACACCAAGUCGUGCUUGGCAG